AACUGAAUGUCAUCGAACCAAACAAAAAAAUUUGAGCUCAUUUGACUACUGGAGACGACUUAAAUAAUAAUUGUUAAACAAAGUUAUUUAUUAAGUAUUACUAAGAGAGAUCGGCUGUGAUAUAUUGAUUUUAUAAAUUUAUAAAUACAAUACUUACCUUAAUAAAAUGUCUAACAAAUUUGAAGCACUCAAACACCACCCAGCAGAAAAUUCAGAUAACGAUAGUGGAGAUGAUGAAUUGGGGCCCAACAUUACAGAUCUGGGUCCGGUGGAAUACCCACCAGGUGAACAUAGGUUACAACAUCCAUAUUGUUUAUGGUUUUCUAGAAGGCCUAGUAGAUUACAACAAGGCACAGAAGGUUACAGUCAAUCCUUGAGGUUGGUAGGGCAAGUAGGUACCGUUGAGCAAUGGUGGGCUCUCUAUUCUCAUAUCGUCAGAUUACAAGAUAUAGCCCCGCAUAGGGAUGUACAUCUCUUUAAAAAAGGUAUUAUGCCUAUGUGGGAAGACCCUGCUAAUAGAAAAGGGGGUAAAUGGGUUAUACGCUUAAGGAAGGACUAUGGGAGUAGAGCUUGGGAGAACCUUUGCCUUGCCAUGUUGGGGGAACAAUUUAUGGCUGGUAAUGAAAUUUGUGGGGUGGUUGUAUCCACUAGGUAUCAAGAAUGUCUUCUGAACAUUUGGAAUCGGACAGCAUCAGAUAUGGUAACAACAAAUAGAAUAAGGGACGCUUUAAAACGAUUGUUAAAUAUGCCUGCAAGUGCCACAAUGGAGUACAAAGUACAUAGUGAUUGUCUCAAAGCUUCAAAAACAGUUAUUUCCAAUAAUGCGUUUAAAAGUUGACUUGAAGUCAGCUGUUGAAUGAAAGAUAGAGGAAUUGAUGGAAUUUCGUUAAUACUGAUUGAAGUAAAUAUAAUUUCUGCCAAUAAAUAUGAUGAAAACAUG